AUGGCCGGACUGCGUCGGAACCGGAGCAGUGGCCGCACCUACAGUUGCCAUGUUGCGCUGACCGGUUUCCGUGUGCGGUUGGGGCUCAUCGUACCGCUGCUGACUGUACCACUCUUCCUGGGAUUCGUGCACGGCGAGGAGCAGACGACGGAAAUUACGUCGGAAGGUGUCGGCCAUUAUACGGGCAAAUCCGAUCAAUCCCAGGCGGGACCGAAUCAGCUCGGUGCGGCAUGGCAGAUAUUUGGCUCGAACUCGAUGCGUCAGUCCGGGGAAGGGCGCGUCGUCAAGACGAAACCCCGGAAGCCGAAACCGUACCAGAAGGACAUACGGCCCCAGUUGCCGCCGGGCAAGAUAAUGAUGGCGCCACCGAGGCGUCGCACCUUUAACCAGGCGACGCAGUACCCGAAGAAUGCGUCGAUCGCGAUCGAUCGGGACCGCAGUGCGGGUCUGUCUCACCAUCCGAUCGGUAGCCAUGGUGCCGGUGGUAAUGUGUACGGGUCCAUGACCCACUACGAUACCGUGUACGGUAUACGGGGCGUCGAGCGGCGCGACAACGACGGGUUCCGGCCGUUCGACCGGUAUGGACCGAGCGCCCAUCUCGGCCACUACCACAUCCAACCGGACGACGAUAUCUUUCGACCCGAUGACGAGCUGCUGAUGGAAUCGGGCGGUGGUGGCAGUGCCUCCGCCGGCAAGGUCGAUGGGCUCGCCGGGAUCGAGAGCUGCGACAUCAAGUGUGAGCCGCGCGAGUUCACCUGCGACAAGAGUUGCGCCUGCAUCCAUAUGGAUCUGCACUGCGACGGACAGGCGGACUGUGUGCUGACGGAGGACGAGCAGAAUUGCGAGAUCGUGCACCAGCGGUUGGCCCAGCAGAUCAAGGAUAACUGCGAGACGAGCGGCACGCACGUCAUCUGUGCGACCACGCACACCUGCAUCUCGCGCGACUGGCUGUGCGAUGGGGACGAUGACUGUGGCGACUACACGGACGAGACACACUGCGGAUCGCGGCUCGAGUGUACCGAGGAGAAGUUCGAGUGUCAGAAUGGCAUGUGUAUACCGCGCGACUGGGUGUGCGACGGUGACAACGACUGUAACGAUCUGUCGGACGAGAAGAACUGCACGAAACAGUGUACACGGGACGAGUUCCGGUGCAAGGAUGGUUCCUGCAUCUCCGCCUCGUUCCAGUGCGACGGCGAAACGGACUGUAUCGACGAGUCGGAUGAGGCGAACUGUGACCGGCCGAUGCAGAGCUGCCCGGAGGGUGAGUUCAAGUGCAAGGGUGCGCUCGGUGGUAUGGGUGGCCCCGGCGGACGGUGCGUGCUGAUGCGGUUCCGGUGCGAUGGUGACAACGAUUGCGGCGACUGGAGCGAUGAGGAGAACUGCCCGAAGAAGCAGGUCGACUGCAUGAUCAACGAGUUCAAGUGUGACGAUGGUGACUGCAUCCCGCUCCAGUGGCGCUGCGACGACAAGCAGGACUGCAACAAUGGGGAGGAUGAGAAAAACUGUCCGGUGGAUCGUAUCGCUGGUCGGACCUGCUCGCCGGAUGAGUACACGUGCAAGGAUGGCCGCUGCAUACUGCGAUCAUGGGUGUGCGAUGGUACGGCAGACUGUCGACGGGGUGAAGAUGAGCAGGACUGUGACAUUAAAUGUGAGCUGAAUCAGUUCCUGUGCCCGUCCGGCAGCAGAAACAGUACACGGGACUCGUAAGUAUCUGUCUGCAUCAAUCAGAAGCACGUCUGCGACGGUCACAGCGACUGCGCGAACGGCGAGGAUGAGAUGCGAUGCCCGAUCGUGCAUCCGUGCGGUGCUCACUCACGCUGCGAGCAGCUGUGCGUGACGGCGUACAGUGGGCGCGAGGAGUGCAUGUGCCGGCCGGGCUAUCUGCUGCACGGCAACGGUUACAACUGUACGGACAUCGACGAGUGCACGAUCACGAGCAAUCCGGUGUGCUCGCAGGAGUGCCUGAAUGUGGCCGGCAGCUUUCGGUGCUCGUGCCAGGCCGGGUACGUGCUGCGGCCGGACCAGCGCACCUGCAAAGCCGUCGGCGGUUCGGUGAAGUUGCUGAUGGCUAACCGGGCAGACAUUCGGCAGGUGUCGCUCAGCAACAACCAGUACACGUCCAUCGCGAAAGGGCUACCGAAUGCGAUAGCGCUCGACUACCACUACCGGGAGGAUUUGCUGUUCUGGACGGACGUGUCAAUCGACGUGAUCAAGCGGUCGCACCUGAACGGGAGCGGCGUACGGGACGUCAUCAAAUGGGGUCUCGAGUCGCCCGGCGGGUUGGCGGUCGACUGGAUCCACGAUCUGCUGUUCUGGACCGAUUCGGGUACGCGACGCGUCGAGGUGUCGACGCUGGAUGGACAGAUGCGGGCGGUCAUAGCGGCCAGCGAUCUGGACAAACCGCGCGCCAUCGCCGUCCAUCCGGGCCGGGCACUCGUGUUCUGGACGGACUGGGGCACCGCACCGAAGAUCGAGCGCGCGUUCAUGGACGGUUCCGACCGGCAGACGAUCAUAGCGGAGGCAAUCUUCUGGCCGAACGGGCUCACGAUCGACUACACGAGCAGCCGGAUCUACUGGGCGGAUGCGAAGCACGUGAUCGAGAGCGCGAACUUCGAUGGGCGGGCGCGGCGCAAAAUACUGAGCAACAAUCUCCCGCACCCGUUCGCACUCGCGCUGUUCGAGGACUCGAUGUACUGGACGGAUUGGCACACGAAGACGAUAUCGACCGCGAGCAAGGUGAAUGGGCGUGGGUUCCGCGUGGUGCACGAGGGUCUCCACUUCCCGAUGGGCAUCCAGAGCUACCAUCCGUCCCGGCAGCCCGACUUUACCAACCGGUGCGCACCGGAUAAGGGUGGCCGCAAGGGUGGCUGUUCGCAUCUGUGUCUGCCGGCACGGACCCACCGCCGGUGUGCCUGUCCGAUCGGGCUGACCCUGCGCCCGGACCAGAAGACGUGCUCGACCGUGCCGGACAAGCUGCUGCUGAUCGCGCGCAAGAAGGACGUCCGGGUGCGGCAGCUCGAUGCGGCCAACCCGGUCGACAUGGUGCUGCCGCUCGACGGCAUCAAAUCGACCGUGGCCGUCGACUGGUGCAGCCGCACGAACGUCAUCUACUGGACGGAUGUGGGCAAGAGCAUGAUCAGCCGCGCGUUCAUCAACGGCAGCCAGCAGGAGGCGAUCGUCAAGUCGAACCUGAUCUCACCGGCCGGGCUCGCGCUCGACUGGGUGACGGACAAAAUCUACUGGACUGAUCCGGGCACGAACCGCAUCGAGGCGGCCACAACCGACGGCAAGCAGCGGGCGCUGCUGAUCUGGGAACGGCUGGACAAACCGCGCGAUAUCGUUGUACAUCCCGGCGAGGGGUACAUGUUCUGGUCGGACUGGGGCUCGAACCCGCUGAUCGAGCGGGCCGGCAUGGAUGGCAGCGGACGGUUCACGCUCGUGUCGGAGAACCUCCAGUGGCCGAAUGGGCUGGCGCUCGACGUGGAUAAGCAGCGGCUGUACUUCCUGGACGGUGGCACCAAGUCGCUCGAGUACGUCAACUACGACGGCACCGGGCGCAAUCGGCUGAUUACCGACGGUUUGAAGCACCCGUUCGGGCUGGACGUGUACGAGAAGCGGGUGUACUGGACGGAUUGGGACACGCACAGCAUACAGGUGGCGAACAUGUACAACGGGCACGACCGCCGCACUAUACUCGCGAACAACACGGACCUGAUGGACAUCCGCGUGUUUCACCGGAACAGACGCGACACGCGAAAUCCUUGCGCACACAAGAACGGUGGCUGUUCCUACAUCUGUCUGCUGAAUCCAACCAGCUACAGUUGUGCCUGUCCAAUCGGUAUCCAGCUUAAGGAUAAUGGCAAAACGUGCAAGAGUGGACCUUCGAACUAUCUCGUGUUUGCGCACCGUACCGAGGUCCGCCAAGUAUCGCUCGACAGUGACUAUCAGAUUGAUGUGGUACUACCUCUGCCACCGAUCUCGAACGUCGUGACACUGGACGUGGAUCGGCGUACGGGUGAGAUCUACUGGGCGGACACGAUAGAGGACGUCAUCAUGCGUUCCACACCGGACGGUAUGCGCAUCAAGCAGAUCUACAGUGAGAGCAUGACCAGUGUGGAUGGUCUCGUCAUUGAUUCGAUUGGUCGUAAGCUGUACUGGACGGACGCCGAACGGAAGGUGCUGGAGGUGAGUGAUCUCGAGGAAGGCAUCCGGAGUGCGCUGGUGUGGAAGGAGCUGGAGCAACCGCGCGGCAUUGCACUCGACUACGAAUCGGGCUUCCUGUUUUGGUCGGACUGGGGUGCGAAUCCACGCAUCGAGCGUUCGGACAUGGACGGCGAGAACCGGAUCGAUCUCAUCACGGAGGGACUCGGGUGGCCGAACGGGCUUGCGGUGGAUCGGUCGGCGAAGCGGAUCUAUUGGGCGGACGCACAGAUGAAGACGAUCGAGUCGUGCACGUUGAGCGGUGGCCUGCGCACAAAGGUGGUGGAGAAUUUGCCCCACCCGUACGCGCUCGCCGUGACAGCGCGCACCAUCUACUGGACCGACUGGAUCACGAAGGCGCUCCACUCGGUGCCGAAGUCCAACCCGACCCACAUACGCAACGUGACGCACGGCUUGGAGGGCCUGAUGGAUGUGAAGGUGGUGCAGGAGGAUGAGGAACGACAUCUGGAGAACGUGUGUGGUGCGGGUAAUGGUGGCUGUUCGCAUCUCUGUCUACGUAAUCCGACCGGCUAUUCGUGCAAAUGUCCGACGGGAUUGACGAUGCGUGAGGGUAGUACGACUGAGUGCAAAACCCUGCCUGAUGAGUAUCUGCUGAUCGCACUGCGGUCGGGCAUCGGGCGCAUCUCGCUCGACACACCGGACCUGUUCGAUGUGGUACUGCCGAUCGAGGGUGUACACGGUGCGGUCGUGCUCGAUUACCACUUUGACAGUAUGUACGUGUUUUAUGCGGACGUGAACGUGGAUGCGAUCCGGCGCGUCAACAUGCACAACUACUCCGACACGCAGGUGAUUGUGUCGAGCGGGUUGAACACACCGAACGGCAUUGCUGUCGACUGGCUCGCGGAUAACCUUUACUGGACGGACACGGCACUGAAGAAGAUCGAAGUCGCCCGGCUGGACGGUUCCUGUCGGAAGGCCAUCCUUACCGACGGGCUGGACGAUCCGCGUUCGAUCAUCCUGUACCCGAAGCGGGGCUUCGUGUUUUGGGCCGACUGGGGCCAAACGCCGAAGAUCGAGCGCGCCUACAUGGACGGUUCCGAGCGGCGCAGCAUCAUCGACUUUGAGCUCGGCUUUCCGACCGGUCUGGCCAUCGAUUUCGACGCCAAGAAGCUUUACUGGGCGGACGCACUGCAGGACCGCAUCGAGCUGUGUGACUUUGACGGUCGGCGCCGCCAGCAGGUGGUGUCGCACGCGACGCACCCGUUCGGUUUCACUCUGACCGCAACGCACCUGUACUGGACGGACUGGUACAACAAAUCGGUGCUGCGCGCCCCGAAGUACAGUGCGUCGAACGUGGAGGUGGCACGGUUCAGUUUGCGCGGUGCGCUGGAGAUACGGGCGGUGUCCGGUCAGCGGCAACCGCACGAUUGGAACCCGUGCCGGCGGGAUAAUGGCGGCUGUUCGCAUCUGUGUCUGUACGCGGAGACGCGGUACGUGUGCGGCUGCCCGGACGUACCGGAUGCGCACCAUUGCGAUCUGGAACCGACCUUCCUGGUGCCGAUGAAACCGAACGACGAGAUGCUGUCGGCGAGCGAGGAGAAACCGACCCGCUCGAAUGGUUCGACCGUACUGACCAGCAGUCGAAUGCACGCGCAGCUUGUCAUUAUAGCGACCGCCAUCUUGGCCGGGCUGCUUAUCAUCGUCAUCAUCGCCAUCCUAGUGCUGAUUGUCAACUCGAAACGCAAACAGAGUAAGAAAAGCUCGCGCAGUGCCAGCGAUGUGCUGACGUUUACCAACCCAAACUACAACGGUAUCGAAGGUCUUUGUCCGGCGGGCGAUGCUGGAUCGUCGCGCAACACCAUCUGGAAGCGGUUAAAGUACGAUCGGGCACAGGAGCGAGUUUUUGAGGAGAAAUAUCUGGGCGUUCCGCAUCAUGGUACCAGCAACGGCAGCUAUCUAGCGUCGACACCCACGUCCCAGAUCACACCGGUGUCGGCAGUUCUUCCCGUUUAGGUGCGGCUCAUGUAUGGUUCGAGGUCCGGAUGAGUGCUCCGGGAACAUUGGGUGGUACAGUUCCUGUUGUUCGCCGGUGCGAACACGAAACCGACACGCAGUCUCGCCAUAGCAGUUGGCGCUUUCCCAUUUACUAACGUCCCCUGAAUAUCUGCAACGAACGCAAAGUAAAUCCAACCGUAGACACCGAAACAUCCUGGACCUAUAUCUGCUCAAACAACCGGACUAAGACACAAUGGUUGGGAAUGUUAUGACUAUACAGGCAGCUAAUUCACCACAUCGUUAAACGAAAACAAAACACAGAAUAUUAAGAUAACAUUUCAAUUCAAUGAAAUACACUAGAGCGUAAUAAUGGUGACAGUUAUAGAACCCAUUUGCCAUGGUUAGACCUGUUCUUCAGAUGAUGUCUCCAAAAACUGAGGCAGAACAAACAAACAAACAAAAAGGACACCUGAAUAACCGAACAACAGUGAACCGGCGUAGUGUGUCCGAUGGGACAGAAACAUUCGAUUUAGUUACGAAGAUUUUCGUUUGAAGCGUUGCAUACUCCAAUAGAUGCGUGAACAUGCUGUGAACUAUCCGGUGGUUAGCGAAAAAGAUAAACGAUACCGAGAGAUGUAGAGUCGCACCACAGAUAAAGUUUUCGUUACACAUUUACACAACAAACACACAUACUUGCAAGCCCAUCAGCAUCCUUUCCAUCUACGCUCGGUUUACUGUGUCCAUUUACAGAGAAGAACGGUAAAAUUAGACAAAGGCCACACAGUUACCAUCUUUAUAUCCUUUGUGUGCACCUGAACACACACUUGUGGCACGCGUAGCUAGUGGACCCCCGGGAGACACAUGGCCUGUCGGUAAGGGGUCCUCACUACCGCGUAAGCAUUUUAGUAACUUAAACUUGUAUAUUUGUAGGUGAUCUGUACACGUGUACUGUGUGUGUUUUCAAUUCAUACUGCAUGAAUUUGUACUUAAGAACCAGGUAACAAGCUGAAACUAAAACAAAAAACUCAGAAUAAGAACACAAAACAAACAAACAAACAAACAAGGGCAACGAGAAUAGGGUGUUGA